AUGGCAGGAGGCGAAGGUGGUGGUGAGGGAUUAUCCUUAGAGUACACACCAACAUGGGUGGUUGCACUCGUCUGCACCGUGAUUGUUGCCAUUUCUUUAGUUGUCGAAAGGUUGCUCCAUUAUGCUGGCAAGUACUUGCUGAAGAAAAACCAGAGGUCUCUCUUCCAGGCUUUGCUAAAAAUCAAAGAAGAAUUGAUGCUGUUGGGAUUCAUAUCUUUACUCCUGACUGUGUUUCAAAGCAGAAUUACAAAAAUAUGCAUUCCUAAACACUUAACCAAUCACUGGCUUCCCUGCAAGAAGCCAACUGAGGCAGGCACAAAAGCCACCGCUCAUUUUGAAGACUUCUCUUUGUUUAUUACGCGAGGACGCCACCUUCUUGCAGCAGCUUCUGAUAAUGCAGGUUACUGUGAUGCUAAGGGGAAGACACCUUUAUUAUCUCUUAAAGCAGUGGAAGAUCUUCAUAUCUUCAUAUUCGUGUUAGCUGUUGCUCAUGUAGUUUUCUCUGCCUUUACAAUUCUCUUUGGGGGAUUGAAGAUACGCCAAUGGAGAUACUGGGAAGAUUCUAUUCAGAAAAGAGAAAAUGAUCCAGAACAAGCUUCCAAAACUAAGGUUACACAUGUCCACGAACAUGCUUUCAUCAGGUCGAGGUUUUCGGGUAUUGGUAGGAUUACUUUGUUCAGUUGGCUAAAAUCAUUCUUCAAGCAGUUCUACGGAUCCGUCAAUAAAUCAGAUUAUACAACUCUGCGACUUGGUUUCGUGAUGACUCACUGUAGGGGAAAUCCAAAGUUCAACUUUUAUAAGUACAUGACUCGUGCUCUCGAACACGAUUUUAAGAAAGUUGUAGGAAUAAGUUGGUAUCUAUGGGUUUUUGUGUUUGUUUUCUUGUUGCUGAAUGUUUACGGUUGGCAUGCAUAUUUUUGGAUCUCAUUCUUUCCCCUGAUCCUUUUGCUUGCUGUGGGCACUAAACUUGAGCAUAUUAUCACACAAUUGGCUGAAGAAGUUGCUCAAAAACAUUCAGCUGUUGCAGGGGACCUGAUAGUUAGGCCUUCUGAUGAUCAUUUCUGGUUCCAAAAACCGCGUCUUGUCCUUGUGUUGAUUCAUAUAAUUUUAUUCCAGAAUUCCUUUGAGAUUGCUGUUUUCUUCUGGAUGCUGGUUAUAUUUGGUUUUGACUCAUGCAUCAUGGGACAAGUUGGUUAUAUUGUUCCCAGACUUGUCAUAGGGGUUUUUGUGCAGUUUCUUUGCAGUUACAGUACCCUACCACUGUACGCAAUUGUCGCGCAGAUGGGAAGUUCAUUCAACAUCGCCAUAUUCGAUGAUCAUAUAAAAGCGGGUUUGGUAGGAUGGGCUCAAAAGGCUAAAAAGAAUAAGGGACUGAGGAAAGUUUCAGCGGCUGUUGGUGGUAGGGUUGGUGGCUCUAACCAAGUGGUGCGUCAAGAUUCUCCUGUGGCUGUGAGAUCAGUUGAGAUGGUAGGAAAGGAAGAUGCAGAGUCUGCAAUGUAUCAAGGCAAAGCACCAGAAAUCCAGCCUGCUAUGACUCUCCCAUAA